AUCUAUAUAAGAAAGAACACUAGGGACUUACUUUUGAAGUAGCUGGACAUCGCUCUUCAAGAUAGCCAUUUCCUUAGAAUUCCGAUAUAUCCGAAUCUCAGGUGCCGGUGGCAGUAGUGAUGGCAAGGGCAAAGAGGAGAGCGGUGGCGGAUGUGAUGUGGACGAUGUUGUUGAUGGAGAUGAUGGGGUUGAGCGGGUUGUUCAGGUUUGGGAUAGGAGCCGAUGCGCUGGGGAUGGACUACUAUUUCAUGACCUGCCCCUUCGCCGAGCAGAUCGUCAUGAACACCGUCACCUCCGCCCUUCAGUCCGACCCUACUCUAGCAGCUGGCCUCCUCCGCAUGCAUUUCCAUGACUGCUUCAUUCAGGGAUGUGAUGGGUCAGUGUUGCUAGAUUCGACCAAGGACAACACCGCGGAGAAAGACUCGCCUGCGAAUUUGAGCUUGAGAGGGUACAAAGUGAUCGACGAUGCGAAAGAGCAGAUCGAACAGCAAUGCCCGGGUGUUGUCUCCUGCGCCGAUAUCUUGGCCAUUGCCGCCAGAGAUGCAGUGUUUUGGGCGGGAGGUCCAAGAUACGACAUACCAAAAGGGCGGAAGGACGGAACGAGAUCAAGGAUAGAGGACACCAGAAACCUCCCCGCCCCCACCUUCAACGCCUCUGAACUCAUCCGCAUGUUCGGACAGCACGGCUUCUCCGCCCAGGAGAUGGUCGCUUUGUCCGGUGCACACACGUUGGGAGUGGCGAGGUGCUCAUCGUUCAAGCAAAGGCUGAGCAACUCAGACCCGACCCUCGACCCCGGCUUUGCCCGGACGCUGUCCAAGACGUGCAGUGCAGGGGACACCACGGAGCAGCCCUUCGACGCCACCCGGAACACCUUUGACAACGCCUACUACUUCGCCCUUGCCAACAGGGCAGGCGUGCUGACGUCGGACCAGACCCUGUUCGCCAGCACCCAGACCAGAGGGACGGUGAGCAGGUACGCCAUGAACCAGGCCAUGUUCUUCUUCGACUUCCAGCAGGCCAUGCGCAAGAUGAGCCUGCUCGACGUCAAGGAUGGUUCCAACGGCGAGGUCCGUCUCAACUGUCGCAAAAUCAACUGAUCCAUUCCCCGUUCCUUGUGAGGCUUUGAUUUUGCCCGGAGACAUGGAAGACGGACACGACUUGCUCAUCCUAUGUAGCAUCUAGUGUAGUUCAUGCUGCCCGAUCCAUGGCUGUAACUUUUUGUAAGAUCAUGUAUUGUUGUGUUGUCCCAAAUGUUACGAACACGGGUGCUUGUUAGUUUGAUUUUUGUGUAAUUAAUGAAAUAAAAUGAUGUCUAGUGUGAGAUGAGAUUAUGAUUAUGGGUGCUUGUAAAUUGCAUCCAUGUGUCAUAUUUCAAUGAUAUCGUACUGAUUGACAGAUUAAUUUUUUUAA